AUGGGCGAAUUCCAUGAAGCGGUUUCCACCCUCCUAGAUGCUUUUGCUCGCGGGAUAUCUAUCAUCAAAGCGCAAAGCAGCCGCCGAGAAAAAGACCGAUCCUCUACAAGAAAGGCUGCAGAAACUCGACUCAGCAAAUCUCUAAAGAAGAACCGCACAGAUGUGAAGAAUACAUACAGCCGGGACUUGAACCGGUUCGGGCCGGGGUUUGCUGCUGGUGAUACGGAAUCACGUUCAGCACUCUCUAAAAUCCUAACCCGUCUCACCACAGGGUUCCUUUCUAUAAUCGAGAGAUUUUCAACUGGGAAGAGCACCCCUUCUGAUUAUCAGGCGCUAUUGGAUUUGUCAGAUACAACUAGAAGCGAGACUAUAAAUACUUUCGAUCGGUUGUCGAAACGGUUGUCUGCUUCUUCUCUUGUGCCUGCGGGAACGAGUAAAGCUAGCACCUCGCGGCCGAGGACCAGGCAUCAUAAUGGUGUGGAGAGAUCGGCUGUGAAGCAUUCCGGUCAUGGACGGGCGAGAAGUGCGCCGAAUCUUUCGACAACGCCGCUGGGGCCGGCGACGGCUGCUGGUUGGAUCCGUCCCAGACACACCAAAAAGCGCACUUCUUCCUCCUCAAAAUCAGACUCCCUCCCAUCCUCCCCCAACCCAAAACGCCCAGUCCGCGCUCUCCCAGCCCCUCCGCUGCCACAACAAGCAGCAAAACCCACGCACCAUUCACAAACCCCAAGACGAGUACCCCUACAAAAACAAAACCGGCAGUCUAUCAUGUCCUUCGCAUCAGAUAGCACCAAGCUCGGAGAAAUCCCCGAGCAUAAAUGGACUACCCGCCCGGCAGUGUUUGAAAGCGGCGAUAUCGGAUUCCCUGUCACGCCGUAUUAUCCCAUAAAGCAGUGGCAGGAACCUGUUAAGCAACGGUCGAGGUUUAUGAGGUUGUUCAAGAGAGGUGAUUAG